AUGCCAUCUUUCACGAGGUAUUCCAUUGCACCAUAUAUGAUACUCAUCAGCCUGACAAUGAGACUGUCUCAGGCGUCGAGUAUUUCAUACGAGGCACGGUGUAUCUGCAAGGUUCCAAAUCCUGGAUGCACACGUGGCUCGUUGGCAAUAAAAGCCAACUACUGCAUCGUGAAAAACGGCGUCUUAUCCUUUCCUGUCCAAGCUGUCGGGUCGCAAGCAUGUCAACUUCAGCCUCGUUCCGUCCAAGUUGCACGCAUUUGUACAACGUUGCCUGUAAGCCAGGGGUUCCUCCAAAGUAAAUUUUGUUUUCAGGGCAGGGCAGGGCAUGCCAGGGCCUCAACGAUCGCCGGUACUGUGCGUCCCAGGAAAGGAACAGGGGAACAAGCUAUCAACCUGUGUUUGCUCCGCAUAGGCCAACAAGACCCUGGACUAGCAUUUGUGUGCUGA